GCCGCUGGCUGAGGGGCUGGGAAAAACACGCUGUGCAGAACUAGGCCGUGGGGGAGGCUCCCAGGCUGGGGAGUGGCCGCCUCCCUGCAGGUCCCCGAGAGCUUUAAAUUCUCCUGAACUGGGGCAGCCCCGUGCACUCUUACCGGCUAGUGUCGUCUCUCUGAACUCCUGGGGGUACACUUGUCAUCAGCUUCAGGUGGGCGAUGCUGUUGCUUGGUUGCAACUUGGAGGAGGAUGGCCUUAAGAAUUUGCUGGAGACAGGAGCAUCAAUCAACGCGCCCCCAGAUCCCCAGGAGCAGUCGCCUGUUCACUUAGCUGCAGGUGGCAGCUUUGCUUGCUUUCUUCUCUGGCAGGGGCAAACAGGCGCUGACCUCAAUCAACAGGAUGUUUUGGGAGAAACUCCACUCCACAAGGCAGCCAAAGUUGGAAGCCUGGAAUGCCUUAGCCUCCUUGUAGCCAGUGAUGUCCAGAUUGACGUAUGCAAUAAGAAUGGGCAAACAGCUGAAGAUCUUGCUUGGUCAUGUGGCUUUCCAGAAUGUGCCAGGUUUUUAACAAUGAUUAAAUGCAUGCAGACAGCAAAAUCAUCAGGUGAGCAAGCCGAGCGUGACUCCUAUGCUCCAGUGCUGAGACAGAAGCGGAGCUUCAGAACUGUGGAGAGCAGAAUGUCGAAGAGAAAGUGUUGGUAAGUGCCUCACGGCUGCUGCCGGUCUUCUCCUUUAGGGAUCUCUCUCCUGGCAUAGCUUAUUGUUGUACUUAAUAUUGGCAUUCUGACCUAAGGUCCAGUAUAUUUUUGCUUUUUAAAAUUUUAUCAUUGGUUAUAGAAGCUGCUUACCAGCUUCUAGAGACCAGUUUGUCCUGUAUGGUAGGGAUUUGGGGAGAGAUCUUUUUAAAGUUUUUUAAGGUUGUGUACUUGUGUGCCUGUGUGUGUGCAGGCCAGGAGAGGCCCCGGGAUCCCUUAGAUCCGGGAGGCCAGGCCAGGCAUUUGUAGUAUGUCAGGCUUGUUGCUUGGGAGCUGGGAAACAAGCUCCAGUCCUCAGGAACAUACAGCAAGCACACCUACCACUGGGCCAUUUCUCAGGUCCCAGUAAAAAUGUUUUUAGUUUCAGCAUGAUUUUUUUUCUCCCGAAACAGAUGUCUUGUUGGGCAAGAGGAAAGAAGAGGCUUGAGGAAGGGCUUCACUUCAGACAGAUCUACAAGCCAUUGCUUUGGCUUAUCACAUGGCAAAACUCCUGCGGAGGAAAACUUUCUUCUAAGUGAAGAGAACAUUCAUGAAUACAUGUAUUUACAUGACUACAAUAUUUUGGAUAUGCAUGCUUUUUUUACUUAACUUAUUAAAAGAAUAUU